CUGGCCACCGACGUGAUUUGGAAAUAGUAUAAUCAGAUAGAAGAGGACAAAGAGUUGCAAUGGACGGUGAUGUUGCGGUUGGUGUGAAGGCAAGCAGUUUUACAUUUUACUUUCACUUAAGAGGCUCAGAUGAGCUCAGCAUGUACAGCAGCAGCCCCAACGCGAUGACAGCGAAUGGCAGUGACAGUAAGAAACAGCGUCUGGAUGAAUCCCCUCCCUCAAGAGUUCUUCACAUCAGGAAACUUCCCAGUGAAGUGUCAGAGACUGAAGUCAUUGCUCUGGGUCUGCCUUUUGGGAAGGUGACCAAUAUACUGAUGCUGAAGGGGAAAAACCAGGCGUUUCUGGAGUUGGGAACAGAGGAAGCUGCCAUGACUAUGGUGAACUACUAUACAGCUGUCACACCACAGGUCAGAAACACUCCUGUCUUCAUCCAGUACUCAAACCACAAGGAGCUGAAAACUGACUCCGCUCUAAACCAGAGGGCCCAGGCAGUAUUACAGGCGGUAUCAGCAGUUCAGGAUGGAAGCUCUCCAUCCUCCGACCCUGGAGUUCUGGACCUAGCUCCGCCUCCAAGCCCUGUUCUGCGAAUUAUCAUUGACAACAUGUUUUAUCCUGUAACUCUUGAUGUGCUGCAACAGAUCUUCAGUAAGUUUGGGACCGUGAUGAAGAUCAUAACCUUCACUAAGAACAACCAGUUUCAGGCUCUCCUGCAGUUCAGCGACCCCGUCAAUGCACAGCAAGCUAAACUGUCUUUGGAUGGACAGAACAUCUAUAACUCAUGUUGCACACUGCGGAUAGACUUUAGUAAACUGGUCAACCUCAACGUCAAGUACAACAACGACAAAAGUAGAGAUUACACCAGGCCUGACCUUCCUACAGGAGAUGGAGAGUCAGCCAACAAGGACCAUUCCUUAUUGGGUACCCCAUCUGGAGCGCUAGCUUCCUACUCUAGUGGAGGAGGUUACUCGUCCUCACUCUCCCUCUCACAGGGUGGAGGAGCCAUCAGUCCUCUGAGCGCUGCAGCAGCAGCAGCAGCAGCUGCAGGCCGCGUGGCUUUAUCUGGAUCUGGAGUGUCAGGAGUCCUGUUGGCAUCCAAUCUGAAUGAAGAGAUGGUCACGCCUCAAAGUCUCUUUACCCUCUUCGGAGUCUAUGGUGAUGUCCAGAGGGUGAAGAUCCUCUACAACAAAAAGGACAGUGCACUGAUUCAGUUGUCUGAUGGAAACCAGGCUCAGCUGGCAAUGAGCCAUCUGAAUGGCCAAAAGGUGUUUGGUAAAGUGAUGAGAGUGACUCUGUCAAAACACCAAACGGUGGCUCUGCCCAGAGAAGGACUGGAUGAUCAGUUACUCACUAAAGACUUUUCUGGUUCUCCGCUCCAUCGUUUUAAGAAACCAGGAUCCAAAAACUUCCAGAAUAUAUUUCCUCCGUCUGCAACACUUCACCUCUCCAAUGUCCGUGAUGGUCUCGGAGAAGAUGAUCUACGUCUCCUGUUCUCCAACGGUGGAGGAAGCGUUAAGGCCUUCAAAUUCUUUCAGGACCGUAAGAUGUCUUUGAUCCAGAUGUCAUCGGUAGAGGAAGCCAUACAGGCUCUAAUGGAGCUUCAUAACUAUGACAUGGGAGGGAAUCACCAUCUGAAAGUUUCCUUUUCAAAGUCCACCAUCUAACCUACUCCUGAACACGAAGAUCUAUGAUGAGCAAGGAAGUCCCUCACAUACUUAGUCUUUUCAGUAUCUUCUGUUAACCUCUUGUGCACUAUUCCAAAACCUUUAAAAAUAAGUAGUAGUUAAACACCAACAUGUGCUUCAACCCCAAAGUUACAAUUCAUGAGUAGCAUUUGAAUAGAUUUUAGUUUAAAGAUUAUGAAAACCCAAAUCAACCUAAUUCUUGACCAGUAGAAGCUGUGUAAAUGUCAGUUGUAUCCUAAAGAGUUAAGAAAUUCCAGCUUUAUGACAUCUCAAAUUGCAACUAAAUAAAUAGUGAACAUCAGCUGAAGAUUUGUCUUCAUGUUAAAUUUGCAACUCUGCAGUGAUUUCUUAAAGUUCUCCAGGGUGAUAUAGCUCACUGUGAUAUUGUUGGUUUUGGUUUCAAGCUGCAGCAGAGCGCCCCUUCGACGUCACUCUACCACAGCGAUCACUGAUGUUGCUCAGCAGUGAAACAGACUUCAAAGAUCAGAGUGUUCAUCUUUACAAAUACGUUCUUGUAAAUUUAGAAACGAAUACAGACCUUUUUAGUUUCAAGUUUACAGGAGUAGAUGAGAAUUGUUAUCAAUAAUCAAAAUGUGAUUCAUGUUCUCUCCUCAAUUUUGAACAGAUCACAAUCUUAUUUUAAGUCCAGAUUUAAAUGUUUUCUGCAGCAUACAGGAUAACUUUGCAUGAAGUUUGAACACCAGAUGUAAUUGAAGUGGUCAGAGGUUUUCAAAAGAAAUGAAUUAAACCACCCUUCAUACAUUUUGGUACAAUGUCAGACAAUACAGCUUUUCUUAACUGGCAUACUGUAGUUUCCCGCUCUUUUUCCCACAGGCUAACACGGUCAGAACAACCGUUUACAGGGUGUGCUUUGACCAUUUUUGAUGCAUUGAGUCACAAUGCUUAUAUGGAAACUGGAAAAAUAAUUUGAGAAGGCUGCUUGUUGAGUACAUUUGGAUACACCAGAAAUAGAUGUUCCUGUUUAAAUUUGAUGCUUUAAUAAUCCGUUGCUAACUUGGUGCGCACACAGCCACAUUAGGUAGAAUGAAUGCUAAUACUGUCUGCAAAGACAAGGUUUCAACAUGUGAUUCUGGUCUUGGUCUCUGAUUUUGGGAGGAGACCUUUUGGACCAAAGUUCAUGUGCCUUUAGCUUGUGGUCUGAUUCAAUCUUUCAUGCCUUGAUACAGUCGUUUAAUUAAGAUGUGAACCCAGCCCAGCUGUCCAAAAAACAUGAGCAGAAGAAAACUGGGUCACUUUCCACUGAGUUUAUCUUCAAACUGUGUUUCCUCAUCUCUGGUUCUUAUUUUAGACUACAAAGGUUUUAUUUAAGGAGAUAGUUGCACAUUUUCUACCUGAGCUUGUUUCUUUUGUGGUAAGAUUUCAUAGUUUCAUGUAUUUUCUAUCAAUGAACCCAAUUGAAAUUACAGUAUGUCUGUGUUCCAACUUACUCCAGGCCUCAUGGCUCAUCUAUAUCCUACCUGUCAAUAAACUUCUCUCUCUCUGUUCA